AUGGCAGGUGUUUCCGAAACUGCAACAACAGAUUUGGAGAAGCGCAUUUCGGACGCAUUCUUGAUAUUCGACCAUCAGGGCAACAAAACGGUCGAUGUUCGCGAAAUUGGAACUAUUUUACGAUAUUUAGGCUGUGUACCGUCUGAAAAUGAAAUUAACGAAGUUAUUUCCGCUACCGAACUUGAGGAUUCCAACGGAACCAUUCAUUUGUCACGGUUUUUACCACAUGUCACACAAUUACUCGCUGAACACAAAAUGGAGCCAGCAUCGGCGGAAAAGCUUUUGAAAGCAUUUCACAUCCUCGAUCCAGAUGGAAAAGGCACACUGUCCAAGGAAUAUAUCAGCAAAUUGAUGUCUGAAGAAGGGGAGCCAUUCACUCAGGACGAGGUGGAAGAGAUGAUGGCAGCCGCUGUUGAUGUUCAAUCAGGUGAAAUUCACUAUGAAUACUACAUUAACUCAUUGAUGGUGGAUAUGUAAUGAAUCCAGGAGUUUUUUUUUUCUCGAUAAUUAACAACGAAAAUACGUCAUCGGAAUUGUCUACAACUGAGGAAACAUCGCCAUCGAACCAUCAUUUUCGUUUAAUUUCCACAAAUGAAUAUAUUUAGUGUAAUUUAGUUGAACUACAUGCAUUUUCAGUGUAAUAUUCGUAAGUUUUGGUGUAUUCUUGUGAUGUUUCCGUACUAAUGUGUAAUUUUCCCCCAAACCGAAAUAUUUCCUUACAACAUUGUAUCGUGAUUUGAAUUGGAAACUCUCCGUGCAUUCACCGGCUUGAUUUGAGAUUGUCUGUUUGAAGACCCUUUUACGAAAUUGAGUGUUUAGUUUUU